CGUCGCUGCCAAAACCGAAAACAUUUUUGUUUUAUUUUAACGUUAUCAAACGGUUUUCGAGUUUUAUUGAUAGUCGUGAUAGGUAAUGUAGCUAACUUGCCUUUUUUGUUAAUUUCAAAAUAUAAUUUCUGUGUUCAUUUCGUUUCUGCCGAGUACAUCUACGAACAUUAUCGUUACGAUUGAUACGAUUAUACGAGUGUUACCUACCUUUAUGCAGUCCCGCAUGUAAUGCGUCCUGACGUUCUUUGUGUUGCCGUGCCAUGAAACUUGUCUGUUCGUUCAGAGAAUCAAAAUAAUCCAUCAUCAUUCAAUUAAGUAAUAUUCCCGUAUAUUUAAUUCUAACCUACUAUUAGGUUUUUAUAGUAUAAUAAUUAUUGUUUUACAAAAUACACCGAUUGUUCGGUGAGUAUACUAGUAUAUGACGGUUUGAGUUCUGAGCUGUGUAUCAUUUUUCAUUCUUAAACUAUAAAACAAUGUAUCUGUAAAAUGUAUAAUAUGUAGGUAUGCUCUUAUUAUAUACAUUUAUCUAUAUUGAAUUAUUUAAGAUUCUGAGUUAAGCGAAGAAUAUAUUAGUUUUACAAAGAUGUUUUGGUUUUCUUUUUUUCAUCAUUUUAUCAUAAUAUAAUAUAUAAUGUUGACAAAGCAACACUUUUAACUGAACUUUCCUUAGAAUUGUUUUUUCGUUAACAAUGUUUAUAGUUAGUUACAGAUAUACAUUAAAUUCCUGUCUGUAUCCUGCCUUCCUAACUUUUCACCUACAACAGUGGCUACACCCAAGUGUGAAGUCGGUCCAUCCUUUUUUUUAAUUGAAACCUAUUCAAUUAUUAAAAUUAUAUUUAACCAGGAUUGGUAAAUUAUGGUAAAAUUAUUUUGAAUAUUACAGGUUAUAACACUAUGGACAAUACUUGUACAUACUGUCAGGAUGUUAUAGACAGUUUGACUGUAAUGUGUUUACAAUGUUCAAAAUUUCAACUAUGCUUGACCGUAAGUAUUUUGCAAUUUGUGAAUUGAUUAAAUAUUCAAUUAAAAUUUCAUAUUUUUGCAUACACAUACCUACCAUAGUUUGUUUUUAUUUUUUAGUGUUUUAGUCAUGGAGCAGAAAUUGGCGAACACAAAAAUUAUCAUGGAUAUAGAUUAAAAGUAAGAAUUGUUUUAUUAUUUAUUGUAUAGUAAUAUUUGUAUUAUUAUAUAACUAUUAACUAUAUACUUAUUAUAAUUUUGGUCUUUUUUAUUAAUAAAUACAUUAAAUUUUAUUUAAUCAGUUGUGAUCAUUAAUUUUUAAUACAGUAAAACUUUCUUAUAAAGGACUCCCUAUAAGGCGGAAAUUUCCUUAAAACGAAAAACAACAACAGUUCUUUUUAACCUAUAUUCCAUAUAUUUUAGUGUCCCUACAAUGGAAAAAUCAGUUUGUACUGAGCAAUUCCGUUAUAAGCAGGUUUUACUAUACUUAGUUAAACUAUUCAUAAUUGUAGGCAAUGAAAGAUAAGUAUUUGAAUGUAUUUGAAUAGGUGGAUGAAUAAAUAUAUUUGUCAAUUAGUUAGGUAUUUUUAUUAUUUAAUUGAUUUUAAUGAACAUAUUAAAUUUUGGCUUAAUCAAAUUAGUAAUAAUUAGUGUUGUAGUUCAGUGGUUUUCAACUUGUGGGGUCGCGUGUAAUAGUGAAGGGGUCACUAAAAACUAUAUGUGUCAUUUAUAUUGUGUAUAGUAUUAUUUAAGUUUUAUGAAAUGAUUUUAGAAAAGUAUCCUCAUCAAUGAAAAAAAAAAAUGAGAGUGUUAUGAUAUGUAAAAAGUGGAAAACCACUGAUGUAGUUAUAAAUAUAUUCUUGGAUAUUCACUUAAUUGUUAACUUUAAGUCUGUGUGUGAUGUAAAGGAGCUUUAUCUCCCAUAAUCUCCCUCUUAUUAAUUCAACAUUCAACAAUUGCCUGUUUAUUUAGACAGGUUAUUAGAAAUUUUGAAAUGUAUUAUUUAUUUAUGAAAAAAAGUUUUAUUUUAUGUAUUUAAAAUAAUAUAGUACAUAACAAUUAUUAUUGUAUCAUAAUUUUGUGCAGUAUUUUUUGUAAACUUGCUGACAUAUUAAAAUUGUUUAAAAAUAGCCAAAUAUUAAUAAGAAUAAUAACUUUAAAAACACUAAAACUCAUUUAAAAUAAAACAAAUUGAAAGUUAAUGUGUAGGUAGAUAAUAUUAUGAUUUUUUUAGAAACUAUUAUUGUUCUCAAACUAUUUGGAAUGAUUUUAGUUUAGCUCUUGAUUGAUUUUUAUUUUUUUUAAAUGUAUUUUUGAUUUAACCAUAAGAAUGUGAAAUUUAUAUUUUAAUAAACUUCAUUCGGAAGUAAUUUGGGAAAUCUUUAAAAAUCUACAAAGAAAAUCGAAAAACGUUUUUCUUGUUAACCAACUACAUUAAAAAUUGAAUAAAAAAGAUCUCUUGCUGUUUUUUUAUUGGAAUAAUAUUUAUGGCAGAAAACAUAAGCCGUAAAACUUGAAAAUAAUGAAAUCCUUGUGUCAUAGUUUGGAAAAAAUAGUAUACUUCAUUUUUUUUUUUUUUUUUUUUCAAAUUAUUGUGAAAAAUAUAUUUGGGUAAUAUUUUAAUAUUUCUUAAAAAAAAAAAUAUUAAUAAGAAUGUAAAAUCAAUGAUGUAUUUUACAAUGAUUUUUAUUUAUUUAUUUAUUUUUUUACCAGAAAUCUUGCACCAGUAAUCUUUGAUAUCUAAUUUUCAUUCUUAUUAGUACAUGAAAAAUAAAAAAUAAAUCUUUCUGUGAAAGCAUAGUAAAUGUUUUCUGUUUCAUUUAGUGAAAUAAUAUUAAGUUGUGUAGUACAUAAUCAAUUUUUAAAAUUUGUAAAUGACAUACUGAUACAAAAAAAUUAGGAUUGCUGUAUUAAAUCCUGAGUAUUAAUUUAAAUAUAAAAACACAUUUUUACUAUAUUGUCUGUUUGAUAUACAGAGACAUCAAUGUCUAGUGUAGCAUCAUCCUAAGUAAAUUAUUGUCUAUAGAAUUAAAUAUAAAAUCAACAAAGUAGACAGUAAUUUUAUUGAAAAUUAUUUGUAUUGCAUAAAUUGCACUGAAAUUAGAUAAAUGGAUAUUUAGUAGUAAAUAUUAUUUUAAUUAUAAAUACCUACCAUGUCCUUUAUAUUAUUAUAUUAUAUUUACUAUAUGAUAUUAAUUAAACUUAUCAAAAAUAAAAUUUUGUUUUAAAGGGUCAUAAACCUCCUGGACAAUAUUUAGCUACUAAUGAAGGAUGGACUGGUGAUGAACUAAUGCAUAUUUUAGAUUUUGCUGAACAAUAUUCAUUGGGAUGUUGGGAUGAGCUACCAAAAACUAUAAUAAAUCGAACUCCUACUGGUAAAUUAUAAUUUUUUUUUUAUAUAUAAUUAUAUAUUUAUAUUUAUGAUAGUCUAGUUAAAAUUGUAUUAUUAUUUUUUUUUUUUUUACCAAUUAUAGAAAUUAAAUAUCAAUUUGCAAAGUAUUUUUUGGAUGGUAUAAUUGGAAAAUUAACAUGGGGUAAAAUCAAGAAACCACAAUUAGAAGAUCGUACAGUUAGUUUUAAACUAAAUGAAUCUUUUAUUCAUUUAUCUGGUUUAUCUAAAGCUCAAUACGCUGAAAUUGGAUUUAAUCCAAUAAGAGAUGAAUUUGAGUUGGUUUGUACAUUUUUUGUCAUAUAAUUGUUUAGUAUAUCAUUUAUACUAUUAAAUUAAUAUUUUUAUUCAUCCAGGAAAAUGAUUAUGAUAAUAAUGCAGAAGCAGUAUUAAGUAUUACAUCAGAAUGGAAUGACUUUGGCGAUGGUAAAUACCUAAAUAAGUAUUUAGUAUAUAGAUAUACAAUGUGAUAAUUUUCAUACUUACAACCUAUUAAAUUAAGAGAGCACAAAAACAAUAAGAUUACUUCUUAUAUAUAUCCUCAAAGUUUCAGUAGUCUGGCUAUAGUAGAUAAUAAGCCUAUAAAGUUGUUUUUGAAAUUAAGCAUUAUAAUAGUUACUAGUUGAUUUUUAUAUUUAAUUGAAGUGUUCUUUGUAGAGUAAGCAUACACUGCUAAUUUAAUUGGAUAUCAGUUUGUUUAUUAAAUAAACCAAUUAAACUUUUAAAAGGGUGCUUAUUUUAUUUUAUAUUUCAUGAACGGGCACAUGCCCUUUAAAUUAACAUUACAACAUUAUUCAAUGGUAUUAAAUAAUCAAAAAUAGAUAUAAAAAAUAAGUAAAUAAAUAAUUAAUAUAUAAGUGCAUAUAUAAAUAAAUCGAAAUAUAAAAAAAAAAAAGAAUACAAAAUAAGAAAUUAAGAAUUAAAAUGUAAAGUUGUCUAAACAUUAUACUUAAAUUAAAUAUGACACAUAUCAAAACAAAUCAACAAACAUACACAUAUACAGAGUUUGUUAAAAAUAAAGCUUCAAGGAAAAAAGUUCUAGCUGCUAAGUUAGUUUAAUAAUUAGGUUUUAUAAUUAGAAAAACAACAAUACUAAUGAUCUCGUUAAAUGCACUGGAAUAUGCAAUCCAACAUGAAAUAAUAAACCAGGACAGUUGAUAUUAUAAUUAAUGAGGCCAUAAAUGAACAUUAUAUGUGCUACUUAACACCUAAUUUCAUACAUGUGAAGGCCAGCUGAGUUUCCAAUCAAAGAAUACGAAUCCUUAAAGAUAGGUAGCUUCAUUUUAAAAGCCAAGUAUUUUAAAGAGAUUUUCUAGGAUAAUGGGGAUGAUUGCAGUCACUGUUAUAGAUAAUUUAAUGUAUAUCUGUAAGCAACAAUGAACCAUUGCAUACAAAAAAAUGAUUCUGACCGAAGUUUGGUUGAUAAUAAUGCUUUGUCAACAAUAUAUAUGUUUUUUUUAUCAUAAACAAAUUCAAUAGGCUUUAUAUGUUUUCUUUAAUAAUUGUUUCAUGUUCUGAUUUUCCCAGUUUUCCUACAUUUUUUCAGGUUUUCCAGUGUUUUUCCCAUUUCCUGGAAAACCUCUUGGAAAAAUUGUAAAAUUGCUAUUUUAAAGUACCUCCCAAUGAAAUUACCUUUUAGAAACAUUGCUAUCAUUUAAAGUUCGAGCAAAACUGCUGGUAGAAAAGUUGUGCACAAAAAAAAAGAAGGCCGUAAUAUAUUUUAGCUAAUACGUACAUUUCUUAUAUUUUCCGGUUUUUUUUUCGGUUUUUCAAAUUUGAUUAGAAAAUUUCCUUUCAGAAAAGGUGUUACAUGUAAAAAGCUAAUCAAAUCUUCUGGUAGAAUAGUUGCGAACAAAAAAAUAAAUAAAUAUUGUAAUACUAUUAGCUUCUUCAUUCCACUCAGAAUCUAAAAUUUCCCUAGUACAUUUUUAAUUUUAAAAAUAUGAACAGAAUAGAUUGGAGACCAAAUUUUUGUAUUAUGAUAAUUGUAUUAUAAUUAAAUGUAAAAUCAGAAUAAAAAAAAAAAAAAAUCAAAUCUCUAAUGGUAGACACUAUCUAACUGAAUACUAGAAAUAUUAUAGAGAAAAGUAAUUGGACUAUUAUUACCAACAAAUGAUAUUGUAAUACAUUUAUUUAUAAAUCAAAUUAUCAUCAAAUAGUAUGUAUGCUGACAUCAAACCAAAUAGAUUAUGAUAAAUAGUACUAUAUGAAUCAAACUGUUAUCACUUAUUAUACCAAUGAGUUACACUAUUAUUUCAGAUAAUUUUAGAUUAUUAGUUGACCAAGAAUUUAAAUAUUUUCACAGUGAUUUAAUUAAUUUUUCCCCUUUAGUUUAAUAUACUUAGUUAUAGAUAGAUAGUGAAUAUUGAUUGUACUUAAAAGAUUUUUGACAAUUGUAUAGUUGAAAAUAUUGCUAAUCAGAUAAAAUUGAAAAACAACCAAAAUAAAUUUAAAUAAAUGUUGAAACUUGAAUUCAAAAUUCUUGUUUAAAUUUCUAUUAAGCUAGUCUUAUACAACAUGUUUCAUUAUUUUAGUGUAAGUUGAUUUAAAUAACAUAUAAAUGCAUACAACUAAACAAAAAUAAAUUUUUUUAAAGUAAAAAAAAAAAUAAUAAAUUUAAAAAAUAUAUGACAUUGGUUAGAAAAAAAGAACCAUCAACAUAACCAAGUUUGAUAUUUGUUUGUUAAUUAGUUUAAGAGUUAAAAUACUAAUAUUGAGACAUAAAAUGCCAACUUGAGCUUCUGUGAUCCAAGUAUAUAAAAUAUUGUACAAUAUGUGAAAUUUUCUUAUUAAUUUUUCUAAUAAAUUGUAUAUACAUUUUACCAUUAUAUUUAUUAUAGUAUUUUAUAAUCAAUGAUUGUAUCAAAUAUAUUCUAUUAUUUCUAUUACUGAUUUUUACUCUAACUUAUAAUAAACAAUAACAUUACUGUAAUUUACAAUUUAGAGAAGGUUGAAUGGUGCUUUUUACCCUUAUUUUCUCAAUUAUGUAGUAAGUUAUACAAUUUUUUUAGAUUUUUAAAUACAAAUAAACUAUUUAUAAAUUAUCAGUAGUAUUUUAUGUUGUAUGUAUUAUGUAAUGCAAUAGAACUUCAUUUACAUACACUCUUUAAUAAUUAAAUUUCUUAAAAAAAAUACUUGUACAUUUUACUCUCUUUGUAGAAUUUGCCAAUAAUAUACAAAAUUUGUAUUUCCCUUUAGCUGUAUUUUAUAAAUAGGUUUAAUUUGCAUAAUAUUUUAGUAAAAUGAUACAACAAGAUUAUGUUGUUCUAAAAAUAUAAUCAGACUAUUAGAAGUUUGAGAAGUUUGAAGACAUUUGAAAUAAAAAUAUUGAUUUCUUAACCAUAUAUUUAUCAACAAUAGUUUUGACACUUUUUGUAUUUUUUUAAUAUAUUUAUACUUUUAAUCAGGGGUUAGCAACUUUUUUACUUAUGCAGGCCAUAUUUGUUAUCAAUUUUUCAUUGAAAAUUAAAAAUACAUUUGUAACAAAAAAUAUGAAUGUAUUAAUUUAUGGAUAAUAACAAUCAUAUGAGUUAUUAAGGUUGUUCUUAUUAAUGAGCUCUUAGCUUAUAUUUGUAAUAGUAUAAUAGUCAUGAUUCAAUUUUAUUUAUUACAAAUUAAGACAUAAAAUUAAAAUUUUAAAUACCAUGAUAUUAUAUAUUAUUUAGAGGGCCACAGAAAAAAUUCUAUGGGUUGCCAUUGCCUGCUUUAAAUCUUUAUAAUAUUUAACGCUUUAAUAUUGUUAUUUCUACUUUCUUUGUAUUUGAUUUUAUCUGAAUCAUUGAAUAAAUGAAGUAAAAUGUAAUAUUUGAUUAUAGAUUAUAAUCUUGCAUGUAUUGAUAUGUAUUGUGGACGUUUACAUGAACGUUUGUAUGCUAAAGAUAUUGUUCAUGAAUUUCAAUUGAUGGAUAAAUAUUUUUUCACUACUGAUAAACCAAAGAGGAGAUUAACACAAGAAGAAAAGUAUGUUAGCUAUACAAUCAAAAUAUUUGAUUUAUUAUUAUUUUAUUUUUAUUAUCAUAUUAUUUGUAAAAUAGGAGUAUGGCUGGAAUCGAAAACCAAGUCAGAAAAUACUGCAGAUAUAUGUGUGAUUUAGAAUUGUGGUCUUUAAACAUAAGACUUCAGCAAGAAUAUUUGUUAAAAAAACGAAGAGAUGAACUGUUGUAUUAUAGAAAAAAUGGAAUUACAUAUUUAUAUGACAUUGUUAAAUUUAAUCUUUUACAUUAUAGCAUGGUUGUUGAUGGAGGUAUACUUUAAAGUUUAAAUUGUUAUUAUUUCUUAAUUUAUGUGUAAUUAAAAUUAUAUUGGUUUAUUACUUACAGAACAAUCUGAACAAUCAUCUUCAGAUCUACUAACUCCAGCACCUGUAGUUAAACGUGGUGAAAAAAAAAGGGUAAACAUAUUUAUCAUUUAAAUUUUUUAAUCUUGAUACAUAUAACUGUUUUACACCUCCAAUAGUAGUCUUAUUCUGAAGAUUUUUGCUAAUAUGAGUAAUACAUUUUGUAUAGAUUAAUUGUUAUUAAUGUAAUAACCUAAUUAUAUAUAUAUAUAUAUAUAUAUAUAUAUAAUAGAUAAUACAUUAUUACAUUUUAAUCAGUAUUCAUUAUAUAUAGAUAUAACUUACACAUCUUUUUUGUACAAUUUCAUCUAAUAUAAUAUAUUUUCCUUCGCCUUUAUCCCAACUAUUUGGGGUCAGCCACCCUUGCACUAAACUUCCACUUGAUCUCCUAUACACUAAUUUUUCCUAAAUGUCAUCAUAUAGUUCUCUAACCACCUCUUUUGGUCUCCCUUUUUCCUUUUUCCACCUAUAUUUUUUUUCACUGCCAUUAUUAUUGCUAUUAAUUCUUUACAUCCUUAAACUAUCUCAGUCUAUUUGUUCUCAUUUAAUCUACUAUCUAAGCUAUCUCUUAUAUAUUUUUUCCUUAUCCUAUCUUCUCUGUGACUCCACUCAUCCACUUAAGCAUUUUAAUCUCUGUUACACUCAUCUGUUCUAUUUUUCUGUCUAUUGCCCAACACUCAAUUGUCAGUCUCUCCACGCCUGAUAUUUCUCUCCAAUUUAUCCAAACACAGAGAAUCCUUAUCAAAGUCACUAUUAUUUUGGUACUUAAAAUACUCAAAUCUCAAUUUUCAUUUAUUACAUUACUACUUAAAAAUAUCAUCCAUUAUGUCUUUGCGAAAUUAAUAUGCAUUACAAUUUGUCAUAGUGUAUUUUUUUUAAUUGGCAAUCCAAUUCUUUUGAUUAUUUUAUCAUUACUUAAAAUAUCUUACCCCUAUAUCAUAAUAACAUUUCUAAAUAUUUGAAAUAAAUAUAUUUUUUUUUUAAUGUAUUUAAUAGAAUUUUGCUUUAGUUAUUACAUUUUAACAUGGCUAUAAUAUAUCCAAAUUAGAUCUAAAAACUUUUUGUUUUGUACAAAUAAUCAAAAUAUAUCCAAAAACAAAAUUAUACUUAUGGAAUAUUAUUUAUUUUAUUUCACUGAGUGCAUAUACACUAAAUGAAAUUGAGACUAAAGUUACAUAUUAUUUAAUAUUAUAUUUAAUUAUAUCAACAAUCUGUUAAAAAUAUGACUAUUAACUUUUGCCAAUUUAUUGACAUAUUUAUAAAUUAUAAAUAUUAUAGACCUUUAUUGACAAAUUAGUUAAUACAUUAUCUAAAAUACAGUUUUAUUAUUUACUAAUAUACUAAAAUGUAAAAUGUAAAUUUGUUUUUUCUAGAAAAAGCGAAAACGACCUAAAUUAUUCCACAAAAAAAAUCAUGUCUACCAUCGCACACCUCAAUAUAUUGCUGCUCUCAACAGAGUUCUUUCUCAAAAUAAUGACACUGAUGAUAAUUAUUCUGAUUAAUAUUAAGGUUUAAUUAAUUUAAGGUUUUAUGCUACUAAAAAUAAUAAUUAAUAUUAUAUAAUAGUGUUAUUUUGAAAUGUACAUAAACAAAAUUUAAUACAAGUAUAACAAUGUUGUGUUCAAUAACAAUUAGUUAAUUAAUAUGACUGAUAGAAGAUAUAAAACUUUCAAUUAUGAUCAAAUUUGAAUUUGUAUAUUUAUAACAUUAUCAUUUAAGGGAUUCAAAUAAUAAUUAAUACAUUUUAUUAAUUACAUUUAUUUGCAUGUUAAUAAAUAAUAAUAAUAAUCUUUGAUUUUUGGUUCAGGACUGUAUUAAUUUUUUUUUUGUAUAACA